GAAGAAGAUGCUGCUCUAUAAAAACGGGAACGCUCCAUGCCGGCCCUCAGCAUCGACAACAUGACUCCGCUGAUUCUGGCUUUCGCUCUCUUCACAACGGCGUAUGGCUGUGGCCAGCCCGCCAUUGAGCCUGAGCUGACUCGUGUGGUCAAUGGACAGGAGGCUCGCCCCAACAGCUGGCCCUGGCAGAUCUCUCUGCAGUACAGGAGACAUGAUGGCUAUGGACACACCUGUGGAGGAUCCCUGGUUGCCACCAACUGGGUCAUGACUGCUGCUCACUGCAUCAAUGAGGACUUCACCUACAGGGUGGUGGUUGGCAAGCACAACCUGCAGCAGGCCGAGAGCAGUGCCAAGGCCAUCGACCCCGCCAAGAUCAUCAUGCAUCGCCACUACAACCCCGUCCUCAUCUCCACCGGAAAUGACAUUGCCAUGAUCAAGCUGUCCGAGCACGUGACCCUGAGCGAUGAGGUCCAGCUGGCCUGUCUGCCCAAGGCCAACACCCUCCUGCCCCACAACUACCCCUGCUACAUCACCGGCUGGGGCAGGCUCUCCACUGGAGGGCCCACCUCUGUCACUCUGCAGCAGGCCCUGAUGCCCGUGGUGGAGUACGACGUCUGCAAGCAGAACGACUGGUGGGGUGUGUCCAUCAGGAGGUCCAUGGUCUGCGCUGGCGGAGAUGGUGUUGUGGGUGGCUGCAAUGGUGACUCUGGCGGCCCCUUGAACUGCAAGAAUGCUGAUGGCACCUGGGAGGUCCAUGGCAUUGCCAGCUUCGUGUCUGGCAGGGGCUGUAACUACAUUAAGAAGCCCACUGUCUUCACCCGUGUCUCUGACUUCAAUGAAUGGAUCGAUGAGACCAUGAUGAACAACUAACCUGUUCCAGCAAUGUUUUCCAAGCAAUAAAAAGACAACAAAAGACA